AUGAUGAUGGAAUCAAUCUCCAACGGGGGCACGGUUGCCAAUGCUGCUGCCGCUGCCCUUGGCCAAGACGGACCAUUCGCCAUAGACGUGGAGGGCAUGAUGUGCCAAAACAACUGCGGCAGCACCGUGAAAAGGGCGAUCGAGGCGGUGCCGGGGGUGUCUCGCGCCGAGGUAUCCUUCGCCGCUCGACGCGCAUGGGCCUGGCUUUCUCCCUCCUCCUCCAGCAACGCAGCGGGGCGGCGACAACAACAUCACGCCGCCCUUGGCAGCAGCCUCGACGACGUUGAAGGUAACGGCGGCGUAACCGCCAAGCGCUCCGAAGAGGAACAAGAAGGAGGUAAUUCCGCCGCCGUUUUUGCGGAGAUCCUGGAGGCCGUGGAGGCCGUGGGUUUCGGCGCCGAGGCGUCGCCCGACGUCGAGCUCCUGGUCGGGGGCAUGAUGUGCCAAAGGAACUGCGGGACGACGGUGAGGAACGCUCUCCUGUCCGUCUCCCCGAGUUUCGCCAGAGCGGAGGCGUCCUUCGAGGAGGGGCGCGGGAGGAUCUGGAUCCGAGCCGCGGCGUCAGGGUUGGGUGGGCCGGGGUUAGGCAGCGGCCUCGUCGCCGGCGACAACGAAGCGGACGGCAGUGGUGGUGGUGGUGGUGGUGGAUUUUUGGCGGAAGCGUCGUCGUCGGAUGAGUCCGCUGCCGUCGCCCGACUGGCGGUGGAGGAACUGGAAGCGGUGGGGUUCGACGCCAGCUUGGCCCCGUCGGCCGUGCUGGAGAUCGAGGGCAUGAUGUGCCAGAAGAGCUGCGGCACCACGGUGCGGGGAUGCUUGGAGGCCGUCCCCGGGGUAGAUCGCGCCGAGGUUUCCUACGCGGAAGGCCGGCUCGCGAGGGUCUGGGCACGGGACGGCCCCAGGCUCCCGGUAUCCGUGCUGGUGGAAGCCGUGGAAGACGUGGGCUUCGGCGCACGAGUGGUGAGGGGCCCCGCAGAGAAGGACGGGGAUAGUGGUACCUCCCCGGCGGCGGAGGAAAAGCGACCGUCCGGGGUCGGCGGUGGGGCAGGAGAGGCGGACACCAAGCUGCCGAAAAUGCUCCUUGAGAAGGAGGGAGGUGCUGGGGGUGGAGAGGUUGCCGUCGGGGUGUUUUCGGUGUCCGGUAUGUCGUGCGCGUCGUGCGUCGGCAACGUGGAGAAGUUCGUUUCCGCCCUGGACGGUGUGGACGACGUUCGCGUCGCGCUAUUGGCUGAAAAGGCGGAAGUACGCUUCGAUCCGGGCACCACCAACGGACAGGAGCUAGCAGACGGCAUUACCGGCCUCGGUUACCCCACACGACACCUCAGCAGCACCGUCUUGACCGGGGCCGGGGCCGCAGGCGGCAAGGGCGUGCCGGGCGCCAGCGAUAUCACCGUGGAGGUCUUCGGCGUGUCAGGGCCUGAGAGCGUUUCUAACCUGGAGACUACCGUGUUAGCGCUUCCGGGAGUAGCCUCCUGCAAGGUAACUCGCCCGUCCACCCCCGGGGCGGGCGACGGCGGCACACCCAGGGGCGGCUCUUACAACGGCAGCGGCGGUGCCCCCGCCUACGUCCUCACGGCCACUCGACACGCGCCGCGGAAUCCUGCGCGAAACAAGGCCACCGGUGCCCGGCGAGAAGGGCCCAGCGGCGGCGAUGAAGUGGCCGCCGACGUCAGCCUGGCUCUGGAGGGAGGGGACGGUGGGCGCUUGUCCCCGGCUUCGGGCUCGGCCGACGAGCUUGGUGGUGGCGGCAAGAGGCCUGGCAGUGACGAUGCGGUGUGGGACGCUUUGCGGUCGGCGUUUCACUCGAGCGGUCGCCGAAAGCACGCGGGAGUGCGAGACGUCUUGGAGGCCGUGCGGGGGUCGGGAUACGAGGCCAGGGCGAUCGCGGAAGGGGGGGGCGGUACAGACGCGAACUCCAUGCAGGCGUCUCAGGCAGCGGAGGUGGCGGAGUGGAGGCGUUUGCUGCUUCUGGCGGUGGGGUUCACCGUCCCCGUCAUGAUCCUGCACAUGGUGGACCACGCGGACGGCUCCGACGGCCUGUGCGGGGGCGAAGCUUCGUACGGCACCCUUCUGUCGUGGGUGUUGGUGACGGUCGUACAAGCAGUCGUCGGGAAACGGUUCUACCGCAACGCCUACAAGGUGCUGGCGAAGCGCAAGACGUCGCAGGCGCUGGUUCUCCUGCUGAGCGCGCAGCCACACCAUGCGGUGUUGGUCGAGCCGCUACGGGAGGACGAGCUGGCUCCCUCGCGAGCACCCACCUUCGAAGGAAGCCUCGGAGAUACCGAGGCUGCGGUAGUUGGUAUCGAAGGCUUUAGUAAAGACGACGACGACGAGGAGAAGUGGAGAGCCAAGAGGGCGAUGGGGUGGAGAGAGACGAGCGUCGAAGCGUCGCUGGUGCAGCCGGGGGAUGUCUUGAGAGUGCUACCGGGAUCACAGUUCCCAACGGACGGCACUCUGCUGUCGGGACAGACUUACGUGGACGAGAGCAUGAUAACCGGGGAGAGCAGCCCCGUGGCGAAGCGGGAGGGGGAUGCCGUGUGUGGGGGCACCGCGAAUCAGCACGGCUCUGUGCUCAUGCGGGCGGAGCGUGUGGGCCAGGAGACGAUGCUGGCGCAGCUUUGCCGCCUCGUCGAAGAAGCACAGAUGUCGAAGGCCCCCAUCCAGAGGCAGGCAGACCGAGUCGCCGGUGUCUUCGUCCCCGCCGUCAUUUGCGCCAGCGUGGCAACCUUCCUAGGGUGGUUUAUCGCCGGAGAGGCUGGCCUCAUACCCGAGGACUGGUUGGCAGAGGAGCGGUCGGACAGCUUCCUGUUCGCCCUACUGUUCGGCGUCAGCGUUGUCGUCGUCGCCUGCCCCUGCGCCCUGGGCCUUGCGACGCCCACCGCCGUCAUGGUUGGCACCGGCGUCGGUGCCGGGAACGGUGUGCUGAUCAAGGGAGGGGCGGCCCUUGAGGCGGCGCACCGGGUGAAUACGGUGGUCUUCGACAAGACGGGGACCCUGACGCGAGGGAAGCCUUUCCUGACGGACGUGGUACCGAUACGGUCCCCAGCUCUCGAACGCCUCCUGGCCUCCGCCGCCUCGCUGCACCCCGUGGGGCGCGUGUGCGUGGGCACGCGGGGCUGGGCGGAAUCGAACGGACGGAAGGCGGGCAAGGUCGUCCUCGUUGUUGGGAAUGGUGACGGCAAGAAGGAGUCUCUGGAGGAGGCGGACAGGAUCAUGAAAGGCCUGGAAGAGGAGGGGAAGACCGCGGUCAUUGUAACUGUCGACGGAGAGGCAGUCGGGGUGGUGGCCGUUGCCGACACGGACAAGGAGGGAUCACGCCGUGCCGUACUGGCUCUUGACCGGAUGGGGCUGGACGUGUGGGUGGUGACGGGAGACAACCGCAGGGUGGCCACAGCGCUGGCGAGGAGGCUGGGAAUCGCACCGGAGCGGGUGAUAGCGGAGGUGCUCCCGGCGGGCAAGGCUCGAAAGGUGCAAGAGCUCCAGCUAGCGGGGGGCCACGUUGCGAUGGUGGGGGACGGGGUUAACGACGCCCCCGCCCUGGCCACCGCGGACGUCGGGAUCGCUGUUGGAGCCGGGACGCAGGUGGCCAUGGAGGCGGCCGACAUGGUCCUGGUUCGCUCGGACGUGUGCGACGUGGUGUCAGCACUGCACCUUGGCCGGAAGGUAUUCGGCCGCAUCCGGCUGAACUUCGUGUUUGCCAUGCUCUACAACCUGUGCGGGGUGCCGAUUGCUGCGGGAGUGUUGUACCCCUUCUUGCACAUCAGGCUUCCCCCGGCCCUCGCCGGCCUGUCCAUGGCGCUGUCGUCGAUAUCGGUGGUGCUGUCCUCGCUGGCCUUACGGUUCUACAAGAAGCCGGAGCCAGACAUCCCUGCUCAUUGCCCAUCUCAGAUCGACGACGAGGGAAGGCUUUGGCAGCGCAGCGCCGCGGCGACCGGCCUCGAGGUCGUCUCCGGUUGCUUCGGCGGCGUCCGGCACUUGGCUCGAGGUCGGCGUUCCUUUGCCGGUGGUCGGGGAUUACGGUUUCAUGCCGUUCGCGACGAAGUGGACUACGAUGACGACGAUGUCGAGAUGCAGCCGCGUGGUGGUGGGGGAAGCGGCAAUAUCAGCACCGCGAGCAGCGGCAGCAGCAACGGCGUUGUUGGUGGGCGCAGCAGGUGGUCGGUGCUGUCUGCUAUCAAGAAGGGCUCCGCGAUCGAUUCUGCACCUGUGUUCGCCACCCGGGGAGCGGGUAGAAGGUCGUCAGCGUCAUCAGCAGCGGCGGGACCCUACGCGCUUGUGCGAUCUCACAGCAGAGACGGGAGCGUGACGUCGACAAGCAGCGUUUCGGGUCUUAUGGACCGGGGGGAAGUGAACGGAGGUGUAGAAAUGAUGGGGUUCGUGUGAAAGGACGGUACAUACUGCUGUCGUCCUGAUGAGCGUGUUGCACGGCAACUUGUCGACCAGCAGACGAGGAUUUCGUCGGUCUUGGGGGAGACGUUUUGUCCUGUGCUUGUGCUUGUGCUUGUGCAGGGUUCUUGUGAAGACGGGUCUGCUGUGCCUCUAUGGUCUGAUGAGCGUGUUGUUUCGUGGCACCCACUCGGCUAGCAGAUGAGAGUAAGUGGGUCUUGAGCGGAACUUUGUGCGAACCGUAUGUGUGUGUGUGCCGUGUCGCCUUGCUUUGUUUGCGCGUUCUGCGGGCACUCCAGAUACGCUACCCUACCGUCUGGCGUGUCGGACGGCUCUUUGCGACUUGUGCGUUUUGUGUGAUACGUUGUUUGUUGUUUGUUUCAGCACCGUACACGUUGGUUGACCGUAUGGCGAUUAUAUCCUGAGUGUGUCUGCUUUGAACGAUUGCGAUUUUUAGCGGAGCCCCCCUCCCCCUCGCAAGCCUAGAACGGUCUACAUGUGUGUUCGUGUCUGUGCGCGUGCGUAAUUUUUCGAUCGCCAUCGACCGCGCUUUCAAUUUAUUGUUUUGCACGAAUGAGGUAACGGGUUCAGGUUCAGUGGGGACAACAAAACGAAAAAGCUUUUUUAGGGGGGGGGGGGGAGCGGAGGGGUACUGCUUCGUAGCCUGCCCUUCUCUCGAACAGACUAUCUUUUACCAAGCUUUCAAGCCCAAACGGGGUCCGCUGUUUGCUCCUAUCAAGAGAGAUGCCAAAGGCCAAUUUCAGCGCCUGCGCAGUUCGUGACGCCUCCAAAAUGUGCGGGCUCUAGUUAUAUUCGGGGCGUCGAGAAGGUAGAGAACAGAGUUUUUUUUAGCUUUGUCGAUAUGUACCAACGUUUGGAACGAAAUAAAUUAUUGUGGUGUUGUUGGCGGGUACGGGUUUGGGAUAGGCGUAAGGAAGAACUUGUUUUUCGUUCAUUGUGUCUAGUUCACUUGCUACCCAGGAAGCGCUUGAGAAUCUCCUAUUACCCUGGAGUGUACUCGUGGGUUUCAUCAGCAGGUUAGGUUGCCCGGUUUCGAUGAUUUAGAAGUUGUGUUAUUGGCUCCCGCGUUCUCAUGUCCAGAUGCUUAGUGGAGUUGUUGUGAUAACGAAAGAAGGGUGGUGGUUAACGUCUUCAACUCGGAAAGUGAACUCCACCCGCUUUUUCUUUGUCAGGGCAAUCAAGGUUUCACUUGCUUCUGGGCUGGGUGGUGGGGAGCUGGACUAGAGGCGACGAGGCGGGGGGGUUGUGGGCAGAAGAGGGAUUUGAUUAGUUAGAGCGCUUGAGUAUCGCUGCCCAUACCAGUUGGUCUCUGCAUCUUUUUGUGGCCAACUGUUUGAUUGGUUGAUUUGAGGGGGC